GAGCGCCGAGCGCCCUUCGCCCGAGGCGCCCUCCCUGCGUCCGCGCACAGGCGCCGUCGCUUGGAGAAGCAAGGUGCUUCCCAGACAGCAAGGGCGCAGCGCACAAGCCGCGGUCGGCUCGGUGGCUUUGCCCCGGGACUGCACCUGGAGGCGGCCCCGGACGGGGAUGAUAAGCGGCUGUCGCCGUCUGGCACGCAAGCGGGAAGCGGUGACGGCAUCAUGCCCCGGAGAGGGUCCUCUGUGGGACUAGUCCGGCCCGAACUCUGGCUGCUGCUGUGGGCAGCCGCGUGGCGCCUGGGUGCCACGGCGUGCCCCGCCCUCUGCACCUGCACUGGCACCACGGUGGACUGCCAUGGCACGGGGCUGCAGGCCAUCCCCAAGAACAUCCCACGGAGCACAGAGCGCCUGGAACUCAACGGCAACAACAUCACUCGGAUCCAUAAGAAUGACUUUUCGGGGCUCAAGCAGCUGCGAGUGCUGCAGCUGAUGGAGAACCAGAUCGGAGUGGUGGAGCGGGGAGCUUUUGAUGACCUGAAGGAACUAGAGAGGCUACGACUGAACCGGAACCAGCUGCACAUGUUACCAGAACUGCUGUUCCAGAACAAUCAGGCUCUAUCGAGACUGGACCUGAGUGAGAACAGCAUCCAGGCCAUCCCCAGGAAGGCCUUCCGAGGAGCCACCGACCUCAAAAAUCUACAACUGGACAAGAAUCAGAUCAGCUGCAUUGAAGAAGGGGCGUUUCGGGCCUUGCGGGGACUGGAGGUGCUGACCUUGAACAACAACAACAUCACCACCAUUCCCGUGUCCAGUUUCAACCAUAUGCCCAAGCUCCGGACCUUCCGCCUGCACUCCAACCACCUGUUCUGUGACUGCCACCUGGCCUGGCUCUCACAGUGGCUGAGGCAGCGGCCCACCAUCGGGCUCUUCACCCAGUGCUCGGCUCCCCCCAGCCUGCGUGGUCUCAACGUGGCUGAAGUGCAGAAGAGCGAGUUCACCUGCUCAGGUCAGGGGGAGGCAGGGCGUGUGCCUGCCUGUACCCUCUCCUCAGGCUCCUGCCCGGCUAUGUGCACCUGCAGCAAUGGCAUCGUGGACUGUCGUGGCAAAGGGCUCACUGCCAUCCCCGCCAACCUGCCUGAGACAAUGACAGAGAUCCGCUUGGAGCUCAACGGGAUCAAGUCCAUCCCCCCAGGGGCCUUCUCUCCCUACCGGAAGCUGCGGAGGAUAGACCUGAGCAACAAUCAGAUUGCAGAGAUAGCGCCUGAUGCCUUCCAGGGCCUCCGCUCCCUGAACUCGCUGGUCCUCUAUGGGAACAAGAUCACCGACCUCCCCCGGGGUGUAUUUGGAGGCCUGUACACCCUUCAGCUUCUGCUUCUGAAUGCCAACAAGAUCAACUGCAUCCGGCCUGAUGCCUUCCAGGACCUGCAGAACCUGUCCCUUCUCUCCUUGUAUGACAACAAGAUACAGAGUCUGGCCAAGGGCACCUUCACCUCCCUUCGGGCCAUCCAGACCCUGCAUCUGGCCCAGAAUCCGUUCAUCUGUGACUGUAACCUCAAGUGGCUGGCAGACUUCCUGCGCACCAAUCCCAUUGAAACAAGCGGGGCACGCUGUGCCAGCCCCCGGCGCCUCGCCAACAAGCGCAUUGGGCAGAUCAAGAGCAAGAAGUUCCGGUGCUCAGCCAAGGAGCAGUACUUCAUUCCAGGCACAGAGGAUUACCAGCUGAACAGCGAGUGCAACAGCGACGUGGUCUGUCCACACAAGUGCCGCUGUGAGGCCAAUGUGGUGGAGUGCUCCAGCCUGAAGCUCACCAAGAUCCCUGAGCGCAUCCCUCAGUCCACGGCCGAGCUGCGUUUGAACAACAAUGAAAUUUCCAUCCUGGAGGCCACUGGAAUGUUUAAAAAACUUACCCAUCUGAAGAAAAUCAACCUCAGCAACAACAAGGUGUCAGAAAUUGAAGAUGGGGCUUUUGAGGGGGCGGCCUCCGUGAGUGAGCUGCAUCUGACCGCCAAUCAGCUGGAGUCCAUCCGGAGCGGCAUGUUCCGGGGUCUGGACGGCUUGAGGACCUUGAUGCUGAGGAACAACCGGAUCAGCUGCAUCCACAAUGACAGCUUCACGGGUCUGCGUAACGUCCGACUCCUCUCGCUGUAUGACAACCAGAUCACCACCAUCUCUCCGGGGGCCUUUGACACCCUCCAGUCCCUCUCCACACUGAACCUGCUGGCCAAUCCUUUCAACUGUAACUGCCAGCUGGCUUGGCUCGGAGAUUGGCUGCGGAAGAGGAAGAUCGUGACAGGGAAUCCGAGAUGCCAGAACCCAGACUUCCUGCGCCAGAUCCCCCUGCAGGACGUGGCCUUCCCGGACUUCAGGUGUGAGGAAGGCCAAGAGGAGGGAAGCUGCCUGCCCCGCCCGCAGUGCCCCCAAGAUUGCACCUGCCUGGACACUGUGGUCCGAUGCAGCAACAAGCACCUCCGAGCCCUGCCCAAGGGCAUCCCCAAGAAUGUCACAGAACUCUAUUUGGAUGGAAACCAGUUCACACUGGUCCCAGGACAGCUGUCCACCUUCAAGUAUCUACAGCUUGUGGACCUGAGUAACAACAAGAUCAGCUCAUUAAGCAAUUCCUCCUUCACCAACAUGAGCCAGCUGACCACUCUAAUUCUCAGCUACAACGCUCUCCAGUGCAUCCCUCCUCUGGCCUUCCAAGGACUCCGCUCCCUGCGCCUGCUGUCCCUCCACGGAAAUGAUGUCUCCACCCUCCGAGAGGGUCUGUUCGCAGAUGUGACCUCCCUGUCGCACCUAGCCAUUGGUGCCAACCCCCUGUACUGCGACUGCCACCUCCGAUGGCUGUCUGGCUGGGUGAAGACCGGCUACAAGGAGCCUGGCAUUGCCCGCUGUGCUGGACCCCCAGACAUGGAGGGCAAACUGCUGCUCACCACACCCGCCAAAAAGUUUGAAUGCCAAGGUCCCCCCACUCUGGCUGUCCAGGCCAAAUGUGAUCCCUGUUUGUCCAGCCCGUGCCAGAACCAGGGCACCUGCCACAAUGACCCCUUUGAAGUGUACAAGUGUACUUGCCCCAGUGGUUAUAAGGGCCGAGACUGUGAGGUGUCCUUGGAUGUCUGUUCCAGUGGUCCCUGUGAGAAUGGCGGGACUUGCCUGGCACAGGAGGGUGACGACGCAGGCUUCACGUGUUCCUGUCCCACCGGCUUUGAGGGACCGACCUGUGCCGUGAACACGGAUGACUGCAUGGAGCAUGCAUGUGUCAAUGGCGGCAGCUGUGUGGAUGGUGUGGGCAACUACACCUGCCAGUGCCCCCUGCAGUACACAGGAAAGGCCUGCGAGCAGCUGGUGGACUUCUGCUCCCCAGAUCUGAACCCCUGUCAGCACGAGGCCCAGUGUGUAGGCACUCCAGAUGGACCCAGGUGUGAGUGCACGCCUGGUUACACAGGCGACAACUGCAGCCAGAACCGAGAUGACUGUGUGGACCACCGCUGCCAGAAUGGGGCCCAGUGCAUGGAUGAAGUCAACAGCUACUCCUGUCUCUGCACUGAGGGCUACAGUGGACAGCUCUGUGAGAUCCCAUCCCGGCCGCCUGCCCCCAGGAGCCCCUGUGAGGGGACGGAGUGCCAGAAUGGGGCCAACUGUGUGGACCAGGGCAACCGGCCCGUGUGUCAGUGCCUCCCAGGCUUUGGCGGCCCUGAGUGUGAGAAGCUGCUUAGUGUCAACUUUGUGGACCGGGACACUUACCUGCAGUUCACCGACCUGCAGAACUGGCCGCGGGCCAACAUCACGCUGCAGGUGUCCACGGCAGAGGACAAUGGGAUCCUGCUGUACAAUGGGGACAAUGACCACAUCGCUGUUGAACUGUACCAGGGCCACGUGCGUGUCAGCUAUGACCCAGGAAGCUACCCCAGCUCAGCUAUCUACAGUGCCGAGACAAUCAACGAUGGGCAGUUCCACACGGUUGAGCUGGUCACCUUCGAUCAGAUGGUGAAUCUUUCCAUUGAUGGCGGCAGCCCCAUGACCAUGGACAACUUUGGCAAGCACUACACUCUCAACAGCGAGGCCCCCCUCUAUGUGGGAGGGAUGCCCGUGGACGUGAACUCGGCCGCCUUCCGCCUGUGGCAGAUCCUCAAUGGCACCAGCUUCCAUGGCUGUAUCCGAAACCUCUACAUCAACAACGAGCUGCAGGACUUCACCAAGACCCAGAUGAAGCCCGGCGUGGUGCCCGGCUGCGAGCCGUGCCGCAAGCUGUACUGCCUACAUGGCAUCUGCCAGCCCAAUGCCACCCCGGGGCCGGUGUGCCACUGUGAGGCCGGCUGGGGAGGCCUGCACUGUGACCAGCCAGCGGACGGCCCCUGCCAUGGCCAUAAGUGUGUCCAUGGCAACUGCAUGCCCCUCGAUGCUCUCUCCUAUAGCUGCCAGUGCCAGGAUGGGUACUCGGGGGCCCUGUGCAACCAGCCCGGGGCUCCGGCAGACCCCUGCAGGGGGCUGCAGUGCUUGCACGGCCACUGCCAGGCCUCGGCCACCAAGGGAACACACUGUGUGUGUGACCCAGGCUUUUCAGGCGAGCUGUGUGAACAAGAGUCCGAGUGCCGGGGGGACCCUGUCCGGGACUUUCACCAGGUCCAGAGGGGCUAUGCCAUCUGCCAGACCACGCGCCCGCUGUCGUGGGUGGAGUGCCGAGGCUUGUGCCCUGCCCGGGGCUGCUGCCAAGGCCUGCGGCUGAAGCGGAGGAAGUUCACGUUUGAGUGCAGCGACGGGACCUCUUUUGCCGAGGAGGUGGAGAAGCCCACCAAGUGCGGCUGCGCCGCCUGCGUGUAGCCCGGGACGGGCGUGGCUGGGGGGCGGGGACGGAGCUGGCCGGGGGGCGGGCCAUCCCCAGGGCAUCGGGCAGCGGGCAACAGCCGGGCCCGGCGGCGGAGGGUGGGGGUCCCCUCGAGGCAGCCUUUCUACAGCAGGUGCCAUUGCAGCUGGGGGCCGAGGGGGUGGGCGCGGCCGCGGGCUGCCUGCUCCGGAAGUGCCUUGCACAGAUAGGCGCUUAAUAA